UCUGCCGAGUCGAAUUCAAUUCAAUUAAGUGCGGCAGAAAUACGACUGCUGAUUUAUACGUCGAAUUUCUGCCGAAUUUAAUUCGUUAAAUUGAUACAUCCGUGUAUGUCGGUCAGCGGGAAAAUUUUACAAAGGGUACGUAACUAUCCAUUAUGGCGGACCAAGAUACUCAACGGAGGCUUUUUAUUUUGCAAAAAAUUAUUGAAGGAAGGCGAAGGAGGAGGCUGACAAUGCAACAGUAUAUGCUGCAUUGUCUUCAGCAAAAGCAUAGGUCAAUAAUUCAACUUUUGCUGUUGAUUGUGCUCAUUUUGUCCCGUGAAAAUGCAACACGAGUUUACCGAUCCUGUCGCCGACUGCCAAGAAGUACAGGUUGGUGGGAUAUUGUUUGGCACCAGUACUCGGAUGCUAAGUUUAAAAAGUUGUCCAGAGUACCAAGAGCAACGUUCCUGUUUAUUCUCAGUCGUAUCGAAGAUGACCUAGAACGAGAGACAGUCACUGAAGAACCUAUAUCAACAGCUUUCCGGUUAGCAAUCUGUUUGUACCGCCUUGAUAGAGGCGACUAUUACUACACCAUUGCGGAGAUGACUGGUCUGGGGGUGUCAACCGUAUGCGGUGUAGUUAGUGAAGUGUGUAGGGCAAUUGUUGAUAAUUUAUGGAAAGACUGCGUGCAACAACAUUUCCCAACAAGUGAAGCACAGUACAAGGAGAAGGUUUUAGACAUUGAGCAAUUGUGGCAGUUUCCAUAUGCCUGGGGCGCAAUCGAUGGAUAUCAUUUACCUUUAAAGUGUCUUGCUGGUGGUGCAGAAUCGCGAAAAGAAUACCAUAACUUUAAAAGCUUUUAUUCGAUUAUACUUAUGGCUAUUGUUGAUGCUAAAUAUAGAUUCAUUUGGGCUAGUUGUGGGUUCCCAGGGAAUUCUCAUAAUUUUUCAGUCUACUGAACGUUGGGAAGAUAUUGCAGAGAGAGAGAGAUAAUACCUAGUCUAGGUAGAAAUGUUAAUGGAGUAACUGUGUCACCUGUUAUCCAGGGAGACUCUGCUUUUUUUAUUUAGAACAUGGUUAUGAAACCAUUUAUAAAUGCUGUGCUUACUCCCCAACAACGGUUUUUCAACUAUAGGUUAAGUAGAGGGCGAAUGGUGACAGAAGGAGCAUACGGGCAACUUAAAGGCAGGUGGAGAAGUCUUCUUGGAAAAUGUGAAAGCAGACCAGAGGAGGUCAAAUUGACUUCAUUAGCCUGCAUUGUUCUCCAUGUUUGUCUUGACAGAGGUGACCCUAUUUCAAAAAAGCUUGAUCUGACAAGAAAUCCUUCCACAGGAGAAUUAAGGGAUAGACCAACAAUACGAAGACUUCUACAAAUGAGGAACUGCCCAAAGAUAAGGGACACUUGCCCACAGACAACCCGCAUUCGAAAUGCUCUUGUAGAAAAGUUUUGGAGAGAGCAAGAGGGACAUGGGUUAUGUUAGAUUUUUCUUGCCGAUAUAAAGUUGUUCAAAACAUUUUAACCCCAGAAUUGCUCAACUAGGAUAGUUAAUUAUGUUUGGACACCAAAAAAGCCUUUUUUUGUUCAUCUUGAGUCUGUCUCUUUUGAUCAUUGUUAUUUACACUGAUUACCUGUUAAAGGAUUUAACGCUGUUCUUCCUCGGCAGUCAUCCGUUGUUUUUAUUUGGCCGAGGCUUUUUUAAAGUAAUUAAUGACAUCAAGUUUUUGUUUUGGUUUGAUAGCAGCAAAGUUAUGGGAUCUCUCAAAUUUGAGAUAUUUACUUGGAGCAAACCUUGCCAGCCUUCAGCUUUCAUGUUAUUGAGGGAAAUAGUUUACGUUUUUUUGUUAUCUCAACUAAUGUUACAAUGUUGAAUGGUUGUAACAAAUUUAUUCCAUUUUCAUAUCCCCUUAGUAAUGGACCGGGAGGCGCGGUGGCCUCAUGGUUAGUGCGCUCGUCUCCGGAUCGAGCUGUCCGGGU